AUGAAUGGGAAGGAGGACUCGCAGACCUUGGAGAAACACAGCGCGUUCCAGCUCGUGAGCAUCCCCAGUGAUAAGGAGAUACAAAUAGCGAAGCACAGAGUCCAAUACCAAGAGGGGCUAUUCCAUUUCGCAAUGACAGGGGUUUCCGGUGCGGGAAAGUCGUCGCUGAUCAAUGCCUUUCGAGGCCUUCGAAACAGAGAUCAGGGGGCUGCACCAACGGGCGUGGUUGAGACCACCACGGAUAUCACUAGAUUCCCAGAUCCAAGCCCUCAUAACCCGUUCGUUUGGUAUGAUGUCCCAGGGUCCGGCACGCUGAACACACCGGAUUGGCAAUAUUUCACCGCACACGGACUCUAUGUUUUCGACUGCAUUAUCGUCCUUUUCGACAGCCGCUUUACAAUGACUGACCUUGCCAUGCUGGUUAAUUGCCGGCGCCUUAAUAUUCCGACUUAUAUCGUGCGGUCGAAAUCAGACUCACAUAUCAGAAACAUCAUCAAGGAAUCGGGUUACGACAGCGAUGAAGAUGAAGAUGAAAAUCACUCGCGUCGCAAUGCAUUGUAUAGCUCCGCACGCGAGCAGUACAUCGCUGAAACUCGCGCAACCGUGAGGUGCAACCUUCAGGAGGCGAAUUUACCCGAUCAGAGGGUGUACAUCGUCGCCAACAGCACCAUGGUCUCCACAGUGAGAGAUCAGAAGCUAUCGGAGAAGACUAUAGACGAAUUAGAGUUAAUGCGAGAUCUCUUUAGGGAAGCCCAGUCAAGGCGUUGUGGUAAAGGUAGUCACUCACAAGCAUACGAAGUUUGA